AUGCAGUCCGUUAGCCUCCACUCACUGCGCGUGCGGCACGUUCCGGCCGCCGCGGCGCCCGCACGGACCCCCGCGGCCCCACAGCGCGCCGCAGCGCUGCUGGCUCGUCCUGGGAAGAAUGUCCGCCGUGUCACGGCCCAUGCCGCGGCCGCGGCGUCCCCGGACGACGCUGGGAAGGGCCAGUACAUCGAGACCGCGCGCCUCAUGAGCAGCAAGGCCGGGAAGGUGGAGCCCGCAGUGGCGGCGGAGAACCCGCAGUUCCGCCUGCGGCGGCUGCUGUGCUUCGUGGGCAUCAUGAUCGGGUACGGGUGCUUCUACCUCACGCGCACGUCGCUCAACUUCGUCGCGCCGGUGAUGGAGCAGGACCCGACGCUCGGGUUCAACAUCACAAAAGUCGGGAUCCUCGCAUCCGCCUUCCCGAUCGCCUACUCGUGCUCGAAGCUCGUCUCGGGCGUCCUCGGCGACCGCAUGAAGCCGUCGCAGAUGCUCGCGUUCGGCAUGGUGUCGACGGCGGCCGCCAACAUCGCGCUGGGGCUGGGAAACACGAUGGAGUGGUUCGUGGCCUUCUGGAUCCUGAACGGGCUGCUGCAGGGCAUCGGCGCGCCGGCGUGCGCGCGCCUGAUGACGUCGUGGUACAGCUCGAACGAGCGCGGGACGAUCUGGGGGAUCUGGACCACGAGUAACAACAUGGGCGGCGCACUGUCGCCGCUGAUCGCCGGCAGCGCCGCGAAGAACUUCGGCUGGCGCUACGGGAUGUUCGCGCCCGGAAUCAUCGUCGCGUCGCUGUCGGUGGCGGCGCUGGCGCUGAUCCGCGACACUCCGCGUCAGGCGGGCUUCAAGGGCGUCGGCGUCGAGGGAGACUCCUCGAACUCCGCCGUCUCGUCGCAGUCGUCGAUGGACGAGGACGAGAUCGCGGAGAUCCAGGCGAAGGAGAAGGCGGAGAAGGACGCCGCGAGCAAGCUCGUGUUCCGGUCCCCGGCCAUGUGGGCCAUGGCGCUGGCCUACUUCUUCGUGUACGCCGUGCGGCAGGGGGCGUCGGCGUGGUUCAUGUUCUACCUGAUCAAGGGCAAGGGCCUCGCGGACGCGGGACAGGCCGCGGUGUACCUGUCCGCGCUCGAGAUCGGCGGCCUGUGCGGCGCGCUGAUGGCCGGGAAGGUCUCCGACCACCUCAUCGCGAACGCACCGUCCAACGUGGGCACCGUCGGGAAGCGCGUGCAGGUGAUGCUGGCGUACACCGUCGCCCUCGCCGGCGCCAUGGUCCUCUUCGCCAAGGUCCCAGUGGAGGUCGCGUGGAUGCAGUGGGGCGCGGUCUUCCUGGUGGGGUUCGCGCUUUACGGCCCGCAGAUGCUCAUGGGGCUCGCCGGCUCCGAGGUCGCGGGCCCGAAGGCCGUCGGGGCGUCGCAGGGCCUCCUCGGGUGGAUCUCGUACAUGGGCGCGGCCUCCGCGGGCGUGCCCAUGUCGAUACUGGUCAACCAGUACGGCUGGGGGAGCUUCUUCGUGGCCAUGUGCGUGUGCUGCGUGGCGAUCGUGGUGCUGCUCACGCCGCUGUGGAACCAGCCGAGCUACAUUCAGAAGAAGAAGUGGGAGGCAGAGGCGGCGGCAGCGUAG